AUGAGAGAGUAUGUACUUUCAGCCAAAGUUUCUGUAUUAGUCAAUGGAUCACCAACAUCUGAGUUCACUCCUCAAAGGGGUCUUAGGCAAGGUGAUCCAUUAUCACUAUUUCUUUUCAAUGUCAUAGCUGAAGGUCUGAAUAUCCUUUUGGGUAGAGCUCUACAAAUGGGAUUGAUUGGAGGGGCUGUGGUUGGCUCAAAUGAUCUUGUGAUCACCCAUCUUCAAUUUGCAAAUGAUACAAUAUUAUUUUGUGAGGCAGAAUGGAAGGAGAUUGGGAAUGUUAAGAGGAUUCUAAGAUGUUUUGAAAUGCUUUUAGGACUGAAAAUUAAUUACCAUAAGAGUGUGGUGUGUGGGAUUGGCAUUAGUGAGGACCUCACUAAAGGAUUUCAUGACAAACUAAACUGCUUACAUCAAAAUCUACCUUUAAAAUACUUGGGGAUGUCAUUGGGGGAUUGUCCAAGGAGAAGAAGGAUGCCAGAAGGGGUUACAAAAGAAAUUGACAGAGUUCAGUCUAGAUUCUUAUGGAGAGGUGAUGAACUUAGAAGAAAGAUUCAUUUGGUGAUAUGUGGCAAGUUUAAUGAGGUUGGGAGGGGAUGGUGGCCUGAACCUGUGGAACAUCUCAGGUGCACUUUGAUCUGGAAAGAUAUAUUGGGGCUUGCUUCGGGUAGGCCUGAUCUAGUGGAGUUUUUUAAAAAUAGCAUAGCCCUGGUUAUUGGAGAUGGAAAGAGAACACUUUUCUGGAAGGAUAAAUGGUUUGGAAAUGUUUGUUUGAAAGAUGUAUUCCCUAGAUUAUAUUCUGUAACAAUGGGAAAUGAUGAAUUUGUGGACUUGGUGUAUAGCAGAAGAGCUGAUGCUGAGGCUUGGAAUCUGAAUUUCAGAAGGUCUUUGUUUCAGUGGGAGGUGGAGGAGUUGAGGAGAAUGAAUACAAUGUUACUUAAUGCUCCAGCUCUCAGGGAAGGUAGGAGGGAUAUAUUGAGUUGGAUUGCAGUUGCCUCAGGGUCUUUCUCGGUUACAUCAGCUUAUGGAUGGAGUGAAUUGGGUCAUGGAGCUAAUAGAAAGACUGCUGAGUUCAUUUGGAAGAAUGUAUCUCCUCCCAAGGUGAGGAUUGCAUUGUCGAUCAAAUCCUCUUGCCCAGCUGUGGUAUACUCAGUCAAUGAGAUUGUUCAUCAUCUUUAA